AAAGUUGCCCUAUAAAUAUUCUGCCCUUGCAGUAUAUGUGUGCCUCACAACUGCUCUCCCUUUUUACAUAACCAUCCAAGCGUUUCAGUGUUUCACCUUAGGGAUCAUUUACUAACUGCUAGUGAAAAGUUUAUUUUCAAUUGAAGCUAUGGUUUCCCUUCAAUCAACCACUUCCCCAAAUGGAAGAAAGACGACAAUCCCAGAGGCUGAUAAUUUAUUAAAGAAGAGAAAGUUGGAUGAUGAGUCUGCACAAACUGAAGGGCUGUUCGAGAAAAGAUCAAAACCACCUGAAAUCACAAAAUCUUUCUUUGAAAUCGAGCUACAACUUGAGACUCCUUUGCCUUUAGAGUGGCAAAGAUGUCUCGAUAUUCAGUCAGGGCAGAUACACUUCUAUAACACAAGGACACAGAAGAGAACAACUAGGGAUCCAAGGAGGAGCCCAGAGCCACCAAGUCCUAGCCAUAUGAGCUUAGACCUUGAGCUAAACCUGCAGCCACGUGAGUCACAAACGAAAAACAACGCAAACAGCCACAGUAUAAGGCAUAAUUUUGCUAGCUCCAUACAGGGUUUGGACGAUUUGUUCAUGGAUUCAAGUAAAGAUAAUAAGAAUUCAGAAGGGCUUAAGCGGUCACCUUCGUGGUUAGCAUUUGAGGGAGAUGAUGAGGAAGAGAUGGUUGCAACCGUGUGCACAAGGUGCCACAUGUUGGUGAUGCUUUGCAAGUCCACUCCUGCUUGCCCUAACUGCAAAUUCGUGCACCCACCGGACCAGAACCCUCCUAAGCUAUUCAAGCAAAGGCUUAGCCUCUUGUGCUAGCGAGCUAAAUCAAUAAGGGAUCAAAGCGUUGUUAAUUUCUGAGUUUUAGGAUUAGUCCGCACAUGAUGAUGAUGAAUUUCAUUUCACCAUGGCAACGUUGGAUCUUGAUUACGUUUUAUUCUCCUUUGUAUUUCAUCUUUUAAUUUAAAAAUGACUGCUCUGUGUGCGAGGGAGAGAGAGAGAGAGGUGAUAAUCACUAACUUGUAUCAUUUACUAAGAGAAUAUAGGAGUAUAUUUCAACAUUAUCGAUCGAGUAAGCAUUUUUUUGCUUAUUAGGACAUCAAACAACAUAUUUUAGAUCAUCAGAAGUUAAAUAAAGGGAAAAAAAAAUAAAUAAAUCUUUUUUUUUUCAAAUUUCAGCGAUAGCUGAACACCAACUUAUUUAAGUUGCAUUGCGAUCGUAAGAGAGAGAGCUUGAAGGUGUGCAAGUACACAUUGAAAGUGCAAUUGGUUUAGCAACUGAAGAAUCUAUGCAAUAUACUUGAAGUUUAAGAAAUGUGAAAUAAAUAAAAAAUUUUAGAAAUGUUUUAAUUUUUUUCAUAUGAAAUUUAAUAUAUUUUCUUAUAUUCUUUGUAAUUAUUUAUAAUUAUUUUAUUUAUUUCUUAUAUGCCAUAAAUUAUUUAUUUUGAUUUUAAUUUUUAAUAUUUUAUUCCGACCACUAUAUAUGUAAUUUUAUUCUCAACACUAUAAAACUAACUUAUAAUAUUAUUUUUUAAAAAAUUAUAUAGAUAGUAUCACCCUUUUAUUUAAAUUUGACAAUUAAGGUAUGCUAAUCCAUUCAAGUCUUAAAUUCAUUCAAAUUGUGAUGUAAAUUCAAUAAAUAAUAAAAAUUUAAGCGAAUUAAAUUAAUCAAAUUUACUCUGGUUGGUUAUUUCGUAUUGAAUAGUACAUAUUGCAUUACAGGGUGGGCCCGAAGCCCAUUAAAGGAAACAAUUAGGCCCACCAAGGGUCAACAAAGUCAUUUAUAUAGCCACGUCAUGCAGUCCACUAGUCUCGUUCCGCCUAAAUUUUUGAAAGCCCCAAAGAGACACCAAGAGCAGACAGAGAGAUCUUCUAAUGCUUUGUUUGAAAACCGCGAGAGACAGAGAGAGAGACAGAGAGAGAGAGAGUAAAGGAACGGCCCCAAAUGGAGAGCAAAGAUGAAGCUCUAAGAUCGCAGAUAGCAAUUCGCUGUGCCAAAGUCUGUAUUCUGCUUUAUUCGUUGAAAGCAUUCCCAAAUCGCCACUUCAAAACCACAAGCAACGGUCAAGACGAGGUCAGUUAUACACUCCUCGGUAUCUCUUGCUCUCGAUUGAAUUGUUGAACCUAGGCUUUGUUUUCAGUCCGACUCAAAAUUCUUAUGUGCGCUUGAAAUCUAUUUGCGGGAGAAGGAUCUGAUGAUGGAAGAAAUCAGAGAUUUGAAGAUGAAAUUGGCAAGGGAAAGAAUUAAAUGUAAGAGGAUCAAGCUCUGUGGCCUAAUGGAGGUGAUUCUUCAGGUGAUGCUGCUGUUAUCUUUUUCCACUGUCCUUUUGGUGCUCGCUUUCAAGUCUCCUUCAAAUUGAUGGUUUACCUUCUGUUUGUUUAGUGUAAAUUGGAAUGAAUACCUCGAUCUGAUUAUUUUGUUGCUGGUAUUCUUUCUCUAGACGCGACUACUGUCGAUUAGUGAAACUAUAUUGUGUUCCACUUCCACAUUUGGCUCAAAUAUACUUUUUAGUUUUUUA